GGUCCGAUUUGCAAGUCUCUGAGCCUGCGUCCGCGGAGGGGGAGGGCUUCCCCGGCCCGGUCCGAGUGGCGGCUGGGCGCUGCUGGCUCACAACACAAAACACUGUCAAGAGAGCAGGAGAGUGGAGCUGCCGGAAGUGUCUGCGCGCCGCCAGAGAACUUUCCUGCUCCGGCCGCGGCCCGGAGCCUCCGCCGCCUCGGUGCUCGCAGCGACGAUGCGCCGCGAUGACAACACCCUGAGCGGAUCCGCGCGUCGGCCCACCCCUGGUGUCUGUGCCCGCCUGCCCUUAGGGGAAGACUGAGCCCGGAGGCGUCCGCGCGCCACGGGAGCCCGGCGCGGGCGGCGGGCUGCGAGGGGCCCGUUUCCUCUGCGCAGUCCCCUGGCGUCCCGACGCGUUCCCCGCGAUCGCGCGUCCCCAGCGCCCUCCGCGGUCUCCGACUGUCCCCGCCCUGACCGCUGGCCCCGACGUACCCCCGGCGCCCGCUGGCAGUGCCUGUGCCAUGGGGCUGCCUACUCUGGAAUUCAGCGAUUCCUACUUGGACAGCCCGGAUUUCAGGGAGCGCCUUCAGUGUCACGAGAUUGAGCUGGAGCGAACCAACAAGUUCAUCAAAGAGCUCAUUAAGGACGGCUCUCUGCUCAUUGGGGCGUUGAGGAAUCUGUCUAUGGCAGUACAGAAAUUUUCCCAGUCACUGCAAGAUUUCCAAUUUGAAUGUAUUGGUGAUGCUGAAACAGAUGAUGAAAUUAGUAUCGCUCAAUCACUAAAAGAAUUUGCAAGACUACUCAUCACAGUAGAAGAAGAAAGGAGAAGACUGAUUCAAAACGCUAACGAUGUGUUAAUUGCGCCACUUGAGAAAUUUCGAAAAGAGCAGAUAGGUGCAGCAAAAGAUGGAAAGAAGAAGUUUGACAAGGAGAGUGAAAAAUACUAUUCCAUUCUUGACAAGCAUUUAAAUUUGUCUGCAAAGAAAAAGGAGUCUCAUUUGCAAGAGGCAGAUACACAGAUUGACCGAGAACAUCAGAACUUCUAUGAAGCAUCACUAGAAUAUGUCUUUAAAAUUCAAGAAGUUCAAGAAAAAAAGAAGUUUGAAUUUGUUGAACCGCUUUUGUCAUUCCUUCAGGGUUUAUUUACUUUUUACCACGAGGGAUAUGAACUCGCCCAGGAAUUCGCACCGUAUAAACAACAGCUGCAGUUCAACUUACAGAAUACAAGGAAUAAUUUUGAAAGUACUCGACAAGAGGUAGAGCGGUUGAUGCAAAGGAUGAAAUCUGCCAACCAAGAUUACAGACCACCCAGCCAGUGGACGAUGGAAGGCUAUCUUUAUGUCCAGGAGAAGCGACCACUUGGUUUUACAUGGAUUAAACAUUAUUGUACAUACGAUAAGGGAAGUAAAACAUUCACAAUGAGUGUUUCAGAAAUGAAAUCCAGUGGGAAAAUGAAUGGUCUUGUUACUAGCUCACCAGAAAUGUUUAAAUUAAAAUCUUGUAUCCGGCGAAAGACAGAUUCAAUUGACAAACGAUUCUGCUUUGACAUAGAAGUAGUUGAAAGGCAUGGGAUCAUCACAUUGCAGGCCUUCUCAGAAGCUAAUCGGAAACUCUGGCUCGAAGCCAUGGAUGGGAAAGAACCAAUUUAUACCCUGCCUGCCAUUAUGAGCAAGAAAGAAGAAAUGUACUUAAAUGAAGCAGGGUUCAACUUUGUGAGAAAAUGCAUUCAGGCUGUGGAAACAAGAGGCAUCACCAUUUUAGGCCUUUACCGAAUAGGAGGAGUCAACUCCAAAGUUCAGAAACUUAUGAACACUACAUUUUCUCCAAAAUCGCCUCCUGAUAUUGACAUUGAUAUUGAACUAUGGGAUAAUAAGACAAUAACAAGUGGACUGAAAAACUACCUCAGGUGCCUUGCAGAACCACUGAUGACUUACAAGUUACACAAAGAUUUUAUUGUUGCUGUUAAAUCUGAUGACCAAAACUACCGGGUGGAGGCUGUACACGCAUUGGUGCACAAAUUGCCAGAAAAAAACAGAGAGAUGCUGGACAUCUUAAUAAAGCACCUGGUCAAAGUAUCACUACAUAGUCAACAAAAUCUCAUGACUGUCUCAAACCUUGGUGUCAUAUUUGGCCCAACUCUAAUGAGAGCACAGGAAGAAACUGUGGCUGCUAUGAUGAAUAUUAAAUUUCAGAAUAUUGUGGUUGAGAUUCUGAUAGAACACUAUGAAAAGAUUUUUCAUACUGCCCCAGACCCAAGCAUUCCUCUUCCUCAGCCUCAGUCUCGAUCUGGAUCCCGAAGGACACGAGCAAUCUGCCUCUCUACAGGCUCCCGGAAGCCCAGAGGGAGGUAUACACCGUGCUUGGCAGAACCUGAUAGUGACUCCUAUAGCAGCAGCCCUGUCAGCACCCCCAUGGGGAGCGUCGAGUCACUCUCCUCUCACUCCUCUGAACAAAACAGCACCCCAAAGUCGGCUUCCUGCCAGCCCAGGGAGAAAUCUGGAGGCAUUCCUUGGAUCGCAUCCGCAUCACCUUCCAAUGGACAGAAAAGUCUUGGUCUUUGGACAACUAGUCCUGAAUCCAGUUCUAGAGAGGAUGCAACCAAAACGGAUGCAGAAUCAGAUUGCCAGAGUGUCGCCUCGGUCACUAGCCCAGGGGACAUUUCCCCACCCAUCGACCUGACCAAGAAAGGGCCCCAUGGGCUUUCAGGACUGAAAAGAGCCUCAGCUUCCUUUCUCAGAUCCAUCUCUGCAGCUGAAGGAAACAAGAGCUACAGUGGUUCCAUUCAAAGCUUAACUUCCAUAGGUUCCAAAGAGACACCUAAAGCCCCACCAAACCCAGACCUGCCUCCAAAAAUGUGCAGGAGGCUAAGGCUAGACACUGCCUCAAGCAAUGGGUACCAGCGACCUGGCUCCAUUGUCGCAGCGAAAGCCCAACUGUUUGAAAAUGUUGGUUCACUUAAACCAGUUUCUUCUGGGCGCCAAGCCAAAGCCAUGUACUCCUGUAAAGCAGAGCACAGCCACGAGCUCUCCUUCCCGCAGGGGGCAAUAUUUUCUAAUGUGUACCCGUCAGUGGAACCAGGAUGGUUGAAGGCAACUUAUGAAGGCAAAACAGGACUAGUCCCAGAAAAUUAUGUUGUCUUCCUCUAAUACUAUUUAGUGGAUGGCAGUAUCUUCAUGGUAUCCAUGGAAACAAAUAAGUGCUAUGAUUUUAUCUGACACAGAUAUAGGGAUCAGCCCACUAAAUGAAAACAGUUUCUGUCAAGUUCUACAUCAGCAGACCAUGUAGCUCCCUACUAAAGGAAAAGAAAAAAAAAAAGAGUUUAAGUUGUUUGCCAUUCUUUUUAUUUUUGGCUGGUUUCUUAUUUAAACAUAUCUUUCUUCCUUUUUGAUAAGUAACUCUCCACAAUGUCUCUUGCAUAACAAUUGAGAAUGUCAAAUAUUGUAUUAAGUACUAUAUCCUAGAAAUCUGAAAAUUAGAAGUCUGAUAUAAGGAUUUUGGGAUCCGCCCUUAACUGUCUGCCAUUCUCUGAGGAAUCUUGAGAUCAUUACUUAAAAAUGUAAUUUAAAUUGUUCAUUUAUUAUUUUUUCUUAAAAAUAUACUGCUUUUAUAUAUGAUUGUUUUGCUGGUCCUAAACAUUUCAAGAAAAUAAGUUUUUUUUAAAUGUAACUUUAUUUUUAUUUGUUUGUCAAGUAGAUGAUAAUAUUCAAAAGUAAUGAUGUAUAUGAUGUCUGUAAAUGAAACCAAAUUAAGUCAUACACUGAGUCCACUGUAAACACUCCAUCCAGCAUUCCACACCUUCCCCAGCCUUAGAGCAGGGAUCAGCAGACUAUUUCUGUAAAGGCCUGAGAGUGAAUAUUUUCACCUUUGCAAGUCCUGUGGUCUACAUCCCAAUACUCAACUCCACCAUUGGAGCAGAAAGCAGCCAUAGACAAUAAAUAAACAAAUGAGCAUGGCUGGGAGCCAAUACCACUUUAUGGACCAUGAAAUUUGAAGAUCAUAUGAUUAUCACAAGACAUGAAAUAGUCUUCUUUGACUUUUUGAAGUCCAUUUUAAAAUGUAAAAGCCAUUUUCAGCUGAUGGACCGUAUGAAAACAGGCAGCAGGCCAGAUUUGGCUCAUGGAUGAUCGUUUGCUGACCCCUGAUUUAGAGGCUGUGUAAAACUACCUGUGGGAUUUGAUGACUGUGGGAUUUUUAUGAAAUUUUACUGCAUUAACAUAUAAAUACUGAUAAAUCAUAUGCACAUAUCCUCUGCGAGUAGCAUUGUAGUGGCAUCACAAAAGUAUAAUUAUAAUAAGAGGAAAACGUUGUAAAAGGUAUAGUAUAACUUACCAACAACUCAAAUUCUACUUGUAACACUAAAGUGUCAAAGAAUUUUAUUGGUACCUAACUUUAGUUAAUGAGAAAUUCUCUACAAAUGAUAAGGAUGUUGUUUUGAGAUACUAGAGAAAAGCUAUGCCUUCUAAAGUCUAUACUUAGUUGAAACAGAAUCUAAACAUAAAGGUACAGGAUUCUUAAAUUAUUUUGAACCACAAAAUUUUAAACAGUUUUAUCACCUUCAGCAGGAAUAAAAUUUGUACAUGGUUUUUUAAAUGCCAGUCAAUUUACAGUCUUUAUUUGAAAUUUCACUGAAUUUAUAGAGCACAGAAAUAGAUAUUUACUCCCCACUUAUGUAUGCCAUCAGCAGCUGGUCAUGCAUCAACCUUUAUUUCUAUUAUUUCUAUUUCAAUAAUUCUAAUAUAUUAUGUCUAUAAAUAUUUGCAUAUGGCAAAGAGCCUUUCUUUUCAAGAUUCCCAUAAGCUGGUUACCUGCCAUUUAAGUGCCACAGCGCUCGCCCACUUGGCUGUAGUUUACUUGUUACUUCAGAGUUCCCCACUGUGCACACACUCAGGUAUUGACUGUAUAAAACUCUUUUUAUGUGAUACUAUAAUCUAUAAUCUCAGUCUCUUCUACUUUAAAUUAAUGUUUCUAGAGUUAAUAGAUUAUAUGCUCACAUCUACACACAGAACUAUGCCUUGGAGCAUUUAUGCUUUUAAAAUUAAAAACUGAAUACUAGAUUAGAAUUUAAAAGUAAAGAGACAGUAGGCAGAGUCACAACCAGAAAUAAAUAUGAGUACAUUGGAAUGAAAAAUAUUUAAUGUUAUAGAAAUUAGUAAUAUAAUGAAAAAAAUCUGAAAAACUUUUUUUUUUUUUUUUUUUUUUGCCUCCUGCUGUUGGUCUUUGUACACUAUAAUCAGGAGUUGCUAGAGUUUCUUGAGCUCUAGAUCCUUGGUGGCCCUUCCUAGUCGUAAUAGCAUUGCUGACACCGUGUCUACCCUCUGCUGGAACAGAAGGUUGUCUUUCCGAUGUACCAGUCCCUUAGUCCACACAACACCCUCAGUUUAAGCACCCUUGCCAUCAUCUGGCAUCCUGUUAGAUUAGAGCCUCUUAAAGCUAAUUGAGUUUCUUUCAAAGACCAACUUGACGCAAAAGAUUUUGAGAUUCAGCAUUCCACUUCACUUGCUGCUACAUAAAGAAAUCUCAACCUUCAUUUUAUUUUAACAUAGACCAGAGUGUUCCUGCCUCAGAGUUGUCUGUGAACUGAUUGCACCAAUGCUGUCCGGGAUUCAAGCUUUCACUGUAAAGGACACAGGUGUGAAGCCCAGCUCUCCGUUCUCGUGCUGAGGCAUAUCUUGUGGCAGUACUUGCUGUGGUCCACUUGUUGAAACAAGCUACAAAAAUACUUAUUCAAUUUGUGUUUCUGUUUGAAGUUUUAACCAUAUAGAUGUGUGAGGGCGGCUCAUUUUUCCUUCGUACUGAGUACAUGUGUAAGCAAUGUACUGGAGGUAUACUGGAUAUCACGGUCAUAUACUGGAGAGAGACUAAAGCUGCUUUUCCCUAGAUGUAAAUUGUCUGUAGAUAAGGUGUUUAUGAACAUUGAGAAAAUCAAGACAUGUUCUCUAAAUCACAUGGCAUACUCAUUACACAAGAUGGUAAUGUCAGUUAUUGGAAGAGAUCACAUUCCAAAGUGUAAGAAUAUGUCAAUAAUGAAACCUUAGCGUUGCAGAGACAAUGUGAUGUUACGUUAAGUUGCCACCUUCACACUUUGGAAACAUGAUGCGGGCACCCUAAGCACUACUUACAGUAUUAGUAUGAGGAGGAGAUUGAUGAGUGUUAAGUCAGUCAUCUGGUAUGUUUUGUGAAAAUAUCCUCGAGUUCAAACCAUGUGUAUUUAACAAGUGGCUCUUUUGUUGUGCCAUAACUCUACCCGGUCAGUCAACUGAAGGCUUUUUCUGUUGUGUUGUGUGAAUAUGUGUGAACAGUAAAAUAAUGCUUGUAUUCCUGUAAAGUCCAUGAAGUAUGAGGAAGUGCCAUUUCUCCUUGUUUGAUGUGAGUGGUUUUGCUAAUUGUGUUCGUACCGUUCUUUGUAAUAUGAAUGAGAAUAACCAGGUUUCCGCACAGUGGCUUGAUUGCUGGCUCUUUCAGUGAUGGUGGAGGGAAAAAAAAAUGUACCUUCCAAUCCCGAAGGAUCCAGCUUCCCGAGUAGGAAAAUAAAAGAUAUAUGAUGACUUUUAUUUUAUUCUUAUUCUAGAUACUUUUUUUACAUAUUGUGGUAUGCCUUCUAAAUUUCCACUAUGUUAUCAGGAAAAUAAACCUGUCACCGUAAUCUUGUGAAAGUAACACCCUGCUAACUUUACUCCCCGCCUCAACUCUGUGUCUGAUGUGAAAAAGGAUAUUAUCCACAUGGAUGUUGGUGUAGGAGAGUCCCUAAAGCCUUUCUGCAAACUUCAAUUUGUAGCGUACCCCACAAAUUAUUUCUUCAGGAUGUUUUCAGUAGCAUUUAAAAUCCCAAUUUGAUUCAUACUCAAUUAACUGAAGUAAGAGGCAGACCAAUUUAGGAACAGAUUUUGUUCUUUGGUUUUAUAACACAUUUGUAAUUUGCAGCUGUUACUCUGUCUUAAAAUCACUGGGUAGGACCCCAAAAUCAUCUCUCCUGUAAAGGACAAAAGCAGAGACUUGACAGUUGUCCAGAAGUUAUUUUCCACCUGACAAAAUGUUUCCAACUUAGACUAGAAAUUGCUGUUUAAUUUUGCCAUGUAUAUGUAUGUAGUUACCUUCCAAAAUCAAAACACUUUUUACAAAUGAGGUUAACCUUUCUGAAUCGGCUAUAUCCCGGCUGUCUCCUGUGGAGCCACAGAUUUAAUAUGAUGUUUUUAUCAGUUAGUCUCACGUCUCCCAAACACUUCACUGUGUCUGUCCAUUGUCACUAAUAUGUUCCUGCUUCAGAUGUGCAGGUUCUACUAGGUAGUAACCAUAUACACACUCAUGAAUGACAUGGACUUUUAGAGUAUCAGACCAAUAUAUAGCUUUCUUUUUUUUUUUUUUUUUUU